UAGAAUAUCACAAGAAAAAAAAAAGGGGGAAAAGAAAACAAAGCAAGAGGAGAAGUCUUCUUCUCCAUUCGACGAUUAAAUCUCAGCAGUUCACACUCAGAGAUUUGCAGUCCCAUAACCGACCCAAAACGAUGUCGUUCGCCCCUCGCCAAUUCCCACUCUUCCUCCUCUUCUCUCUCCUCGCCUUCUUCUCUCUCUGCUCCGCCGAGAUCCGAUUCUCCUCGAUCCGGUCCGACUGGCGCCCAAUCAUCCCCUUCGACGAGUUCGGCUUCACCCACAAGGGCCUCCUGGAGCUCAAUGUCUCCAAAAUCGUCCUCUCGGAUCUUCCCCAACCGGAUCCGGACCUCUCCAAAGUCGGAUUCUUCCUCUGCACCGGCGACUCCUGGAUCCACGUCUUCCAGCAGCUCGAGGAGGGUGAAAUCCGCUGUGCCCUCGAUUCGACCCUCGUCAAGCCCGUCUACACCUUCAAAUCCCUCAACGGCGAAGAUCGAUUCUCCACCGUCUUCUCCGAGACCGACGCCGAUCAGUACACCCUCCUCUUCGCCAACUGUCUCCAGCCGCUCAAGGUCUCCAUGGACGUCAAAUCGGCGGCGUACAACCUCGAGGGGAGGAAGAACGACCGCCGCGAUUACCUCUCAGCCGGUAAAACCAUUCUCCCCAGCGUUUACUUUCUGUUCUCUUUAGUCUACGCCUCUCUCGCCGGACUUUGGGUUUUCGUGCUUUACGAAAAACGACUUACCGUUUUUAGAAUCCAUUUCUUUAUGCUCGCUGUCGUAAUUCUCAAGGCCUUUAACUUGCUCUGUGAGGCGGAGGACAAGUCGUAUAUCAAGCGCACCGGUAGCGCUCACGGCUGGGAUGUGUUGUUCUAUAUAUUCAGCUUCUUAAAGGGUGUCACAUUGUUUACUUUGAUUGUUUUGAUCGGAACCGGGUGGUCGUUUUUGAAACCCUUUUUGCAAGAUAAGGAGAAGAAGGUGUUAAUGAUUGUGAUUCCGCUUCAGGUGAUAGCUAACAUUGCGCAGGUUGUGAUUGACGAGACCGGGCCUUUCGGGCAUGAUUGGGUUAAUUGGAAGCAGGUGUUUCUGCUUGUCGAUGUUGUUUGCUGCUGCGCAGUGUUGUUCCCGAUUGUGUGGUCUAUUAAAAACUUGAGAGAGGCGGCCAGGACCGAUGGGAAGGCUGCGGUGAAUUUGAUGAAGUUGACUCUGUUCAGGCAGUAUUACAUUGUGGUUAUAUGCUACAUUUACUUUACAAGAGUUGUGGUUUAUGCAUUGGAGACCAUCACGUCGUACCGGUACCUUUGGACCAGUGUGGUGGCUGCGGAGUUGGCCACGCUUGCUUUCUAUGUGUUUACGGGGUACAAGUUCAAGCCAGAGGCGCACAAUCCAUACUUUGUGAUCGAUGACGAGGAGGAAGAGGCUGCAGCUGAGCAGCUGAAGCUUGAGGAUGAGUUUGAAUUGUGAUUUAGUGUAGAGAAGAAGGAAGAUGGUGCCCUUGAUCCAAUUCGGAAGACUGAGGUAGAGUUUCGUUCAUCACAGUGGGAUAUAGUUUGUGUGUUUAUUUUUGUUUCAUGUUGUUGACUGCCUGUUUUUUCUUAUAAUUGAAGUUAGUAGUCAAUAGGAUAAUGUCACACCCUCGUAAAUUUUUAUGUGAAUCGAAGAAUAUGUGUAACUACCAAAAAAUAAUGUCUGGCAUGAAUUUUUGCAUAAAGGGUGCGUUAUUUCAUCAUUUUUUUGUUCGAA